UCAUACUUUUGAUACAAUACAAUACGUACUAUAAUGAAAAAAUGUUUAUAUAACUCGCCAUUCGUGAGAAAAGAAGGCAUUCCAUAUAUUUUGGAAUAAAGUACAGUACAAAGUUGCAAAAGUAACUGCACUAGAACCAUGCUUCGUUCACUUUCUGCUGUGGCUCUGGUAGUAUCGCAGGUCGCUGAUGCCGCCUCGGCACGUGCUGACCCCAAGCAAGAAUUACACGAGUUCCUACAAACUGUACAAGAUAUGGUAGUCCCUAAUCCAACCCACGCCCCCAUUCCCGGAGCACGUGCUGAUAUAUAUACAUUGGCCGGGGUAAUAGGAGUCAAUACUACAGAUAGGCUUUUGGAUGUGCAGCCAGUGCCUAUAGAUAUGUACACCGAUUUUGCUGUUUGUGAUAUAAAUUUGGCGGCUGGUCAAGAUUGUAAUAUGACCUAUCUUCGUGCGAAUCAAGGAGCUAGUAAAGGGUGGAUUGUGAGGCCAGACCCAACGGAAACAAAGGCGAUAUGUAAUGACGGUACACCCUUCGCUUUUCAGGUGUUUCCUGGAACAACAGACAAUGUAUUGUUUUGGUUUCAGGGUGGAGGUGGCUGCUUUAAUUACGAGAUGUGUCGCGCAGUACCUGUGGCCACGAUAAACUUCCGGCCCGAAGAUUCUGGUAUUUUUGAUUUUAGUAAUUCUGAGAAUCCGGUGGUGAAGGGGGGCUGGUCCAUCAUUGUGAAUAACUAUUGUAGUGGCGAUUUAUUUCUUGGUAAUGCGACUAUCGUGACCAACGGUAGUGAUAGCGAGGGUGGGGACUCGACCAUCCAUUUCAGGGGUGCGCUGAACACGUUGGAGGUUUUUGGCUAUUAUGACAGACAUUUACAAAGACUCGACGAGACCAACUCAUCAUCACAUCGAUUGUCUGUGUCAGGUUGUAGUGCUGGGUCUUUAGGCGCCCAAUUAUGGAACGAUUACAUGGUCCAAAAUUACAGAGCUGAACGCACUUUACUAGAUAGCUACAUAGGAAUGAUUCCCGAACAAUUUGGAGUGUUUGUGCAAGUCAUGGGUUGGUGUAAAGUUGGCGAGGAUAUUUUGGGCUGGACAGAAGAGCUGCUCGCGUUGUGUAACGCAGGUGGAUUGUAUAACUUUGAAAGUUAUGUGUAUGGACCUUUCUUGCAAAAUCAUGUAGGGUAUCCUUUGGGUUAUCUAGGUUCGUUUGAUGAUGCCACACAGAAGCUAUUCUAUGUUCUAACCUCAUCCGACGAUUAUGAGUCAGGCAUCACAUCAUUUGCGCCCGCGUUUGGAGAGUCGCAAAAAUUCACAUCCACGCUUUUCGGCAUUCUGGAUAACUACACCGCCAUAAACCCAGCAUCAACCUACUAUUUAGUCGAUUCGGCGAUGCACUGCUUUUUACCCGAAGACUACCUAUACAACGAAACGCUUACCGCCGCGCCACAUGGAGACAACCAAAGUAUGCUCGAGUACAUCGAUGCGUUUCUAAAUGUUGCAGUGACGCCGCAGUACACCGAAGAAGACAAGUUAUGAGCGGUGAUAAUAAAGUGAG